GUAAGGGACCAAGUCACCGCGAAAGCUUAAAUCAGUUUUCUGCUGCUUGGACUGAGCGACGUCACUUCCACGUUAGUUCGUAUUUAACUUAACGUAUGAAACUUAACAAACGUUUAAUUUUCUAUAAGAUGUUAAAAUAAUUAUAAAUUAUUCUGCUGUGUAUAUGUUUCGCAAAUUAGCCUUUAGCUUCAGCAGCUAGCUUGAAGCUCCGGUUCAGACCGACACGAAGUGAAAUCUCGUUCUAAUAAUAAUAAUAAUAAUAAGUUCGUCAGUUCAGUUAGUUGGUGUCGCGAGCGGCUGGUGAACGGGUCUGCGCGUGAACUCGCUGUUUGUUCCAGCUCACUUGUUGUUAGCGCGCGUGCUAAGCUAGCAGAGUGCUAACAGGCUAACGUGACGUGAUGGAGGAAGAAGAAGAAGAGUUGGACGAUCAGGAUGUUGAGCGGGCCCAGACCUUCUGGUCCGAGGAGGACGUGGACCAGGUCUUCAGAAGGGUCGUGGUGUACCUGGACCACCUGAAGAGAGUCCUGAAGGACAACACGGCCUCGGACAGAGAACUGGUCCAGGCCCUGAAGCUGCUGGAGGUUCUGGACCUGUGUCCUCCGGACUCGGCUCAGGACACAACCGUGGUGCAGGUGGUCAUCGGUGCAGGUGAGCUGCUGCCAGCUGACCCCCCCCCCCACAGCCCCACCUCCUCCUCAUGCUCCCCCCCACCCCCCUCUAAUGGGCUGUCCAGCUCCACAGCGCCUCCUGCUGUCAGAGAGGAGCUCCUGCCUCCACUGGAGUACCAACCACACGCCUGCUGCAAGACCUGCCUGUCCAGUUUACCCAGAAUGCCUCAGUACUCUCCACUGUUCUGGGGACAGAACCCUCUGAAGGUUCCGCUGCUCUGCGGCUUUAAGAGGCUUAUGUCACCCCUGAGGGGGGCGGAGCCUGUGGUCUCAGAGGGCGUAGUCUACAAAGCUCCUUGUGGUCAGAGCCUCCAUAAACUCGACGACGUGAUGCGUUUCCUGUUGGCGACGGAGAGCUACGACGUGCUGCAGGUCGACUUCUUCACCUUCAACCCCUCUGUUCAGCUGGACCCCCCCGUGGCGCCGGGCCCCCGGCGUCCGGAGCUGGACCUGAGUCGUGGCGUGGAGCCCACGCCGGUGGAGCUGUGCACCGGGGACGGCGGCACCCGGCCCGCCGACUUCCGCUACAGGAGGGACCGCUGGCCGCACGGCUGCUUCCUGAGCCGCGGCUCCUCGCUGUUCAGCUCCUGCUGCGACUGCGUCGACGGCUGCACCGACGCUCAGCGCUGCGCCUGCGUCGCCACAACCAGAGGAGGGCGCCGCUACAGCCACCACCGGCUGACUGAGCCCGUCGCCACCGGGCUGUAUGAGUGUGGUCCGUGGUGCGGGUGCGACCGGGCUCGUUGUCAGAACCGUCUGGUCCAGAGAGGGAUCCGAGUUCGGCUCCAGGUCUUCCAGACCGACGACCGCGGCUGGGGCGUCCGUUGCCGUGAUGACCUGGACCGCGGCACGUUUGUGUGCAUCUACGCAGGUGUGAUCUUGAAGCGGGUCCAGGCGCUGCUCGAGCCUUCGCCGCCGAAGCUGACGCGCUGCGACCUCCCGUCAGACGACGAGGUGGAGGUCGUCACCGAGUGGCUGGCCCCGCCCGUCCUGGAGGGGCGGAGCAACCUGCUGGAGAGUCCGCCCCCACCCACGUCCCCGCCCACUUCCCCCCCCCUGCACGUCCCGGUGAUCCAGAGGCCGCUGGACGCCAACGCCGCCGCCUCCUCGUCCUCCACACCGCAGGUUCUGACGUCGCUGUCGGGGGCAACCGAGCCGCCGCUGUCGCCUUCAGGUGAGCUGAUUGAACGCCGUCCGUCAGGUGACAAUGUGCCAUCUGUCGGGGUGAACGGUUUCGUGAUGAAUAAGAGGGGUGUGAAGAGAGAGGCGGCGGCAGAGUCAGUUUGUGUCCUGGACGCCAGCAGGGAGGGAAACGUGAGCCGCUUCAUCAACCACAGCUGUGAUCCCAACCUGUUCGUCCAGAGCGUCUUCACCGACUCGCACGAUGACGCCUUCCCCGUCGUCGCCUUCUUCACCAGCAGGACGGUGAAGGCCGGCACCGAGCUCACCUGGGAUUACUCUGCCCACGCAUGUGCGGCCUCCUCGAUUCAGAAACAGGAAGUGACCUGUCUCUGCGGUAGCGACGGUUGCCGGGGUCGAUUCGCCGUCAACGAGAACAUGUGUGACGUCUGUGAGGUCAAAGGUCAAGGAGCAGUCGAGGCCCAGUGAUGUCUUGAUCCAGGUUCUGACGAAUCAACGACACAAACAUUUGUUCUUCCAUUGUUCUGUCACAACACGUUGAUUCUGUGUGAGAUUUUUCAAAAUAAAAUAACUUUUUUAAUAGAUA